UUUGUCUUGUCUUGACUUCUUCUCGCAUGUUUAUUUUGUUUAUUUGCGUGAUAAAUAUUGUAAUUAUAAUGAAAAUAAGUGCUUGACUUCUUCCGUUUGUUGUUAAAAUUGAAUUAUUGCAAUAAACCAUGUAUCGCAAUAUAGUCUGUAUUGACAUCCCGCACAAUGGAGGAACAGGCGUGUUUAGUGCGCGCACGCUCCGACUCUGAGACCUCGUCGAAAUUGGGCAGCUUCGGGUCCAUAUCGCGAACCAUGACUUACACGGAGACAAGACUGAGUGGGACAGAAGGCGCAGGCGAGCCCGCCAACACCACAAACAUGACGAACAUGCCACCAGAGAACCCGGAAGGGAACGAAAGUGGCGAACUUCUGGAUUAUAACGACUCAAGUGUAUUAGAACAGUUCCAUGAAGAUGCUUUACGGCAGGCUGGGUGUGGUCUGUCCCAAGCGCGCGUUUACCUCGCAGUAUGUCUGGCUGUGGCUGGAGCGUCGUUAGAGCUCGCGUCUAUCGCCUUCAUCCUACCUUCAGCUGAGAUUGAACUUUGCAUCUUACCGCACGAGAAAAACUGGCUCGUGUUGAUCAGCAUAAUGGGCUGGUCGCUGGGCGCGGUGGGCUGGGGCGCGCUGGCCGAGCGCGGCGGGCGGCGGCGCGCGCUGCACUCGGCGCUCGCCGUCAACGCCGUGUUCGCCGCCAUCGCCGCCUUCAUGCCCACCUACGGCACCUUCAUGAUGGCCAGGUUCUGCUCGGCGAUCGGGUCGGGCGGCAUCCUGUCGGCGGGCUGCACGUACGCGGGCGAGGUGGCGGCGCGCGGGGUGCGCACGGCGCUGCUGGGCUCGCUGGCGGGCGGCAUGGCGGGCGGCGUGCUGCUGUCGGCCGGGCUGGCCAGCGCCGUGCUGCCCGCCAGCGGCGAGCGCGCGCUGGCCGACAGCCGCGACCACUUCAGCGCCUGGCACAGAUAUCUGCUGCUCUGUACAAUACCUAUACUCGCGUCGCUGAUCAGUCUGAUAUGGACGCCGGAGUCGCCGCGUUAUCUGCUUGAUGUCGGACGGGAGGUCGACGCCAUGGUGGUGUAUCAGAGCCUGCACGUGGGCAACCAGUCGCGCGUGUGCGGCGCGGCGCGCGAGGCGGAGUACCGGCUGGGCGAGCUGGCGCUGCCCGCCAAGCGCCGCCCGCCCGCGCUGCACCACGUGCGACACUCGCUCAAGAUGUUCUGGCAGGCGUUUUUUCAAAUAUUCUCGAGUACCUACAGAAGUACGACGCUCUCUUUGGCUGGUAUGCUACUGUUCGCUGUUGCUAUACAAUUUUAUCUAUCGUCAUACAUACCGGCGACUGUCAUGAAAAUCGAGACGGAAGCGUACGAGGCGUCCAAACAGACGAUACAGAACGUGACGUACGAGGGCGUAUAUUAUAAUGAGACGUUGGAGAAUAUCGACUUUAUCGACGUUUCGUUCAGAAAUUGUACGUUCCGGGACAUCCUUAUGUCUCACGUUGAAUUCGUCAACUGCUCCUUCGUGAACACGGCUCUUUCGAAUAUCAAGACUUCGUAUACUGCGUUCAAAGGAGCCGUCUUCGUUAAUAGCACCAUAAUCGACACGGACAUGGAGGUGGGGCGCGAACUGGACGCGGAGUGCGUGCUGAACGCGAGCACCGUGCGCGGCAUGACGGGCGCCUGCGCGCGCCGCGCCGACCUGCGGUGGGCACAGCGCGGCCGCCUGGCCGAGCGCACGUACGCCGCGCACGCCGCGCUGCUGGCCGCGCCGCUACUGGCGCUGCGCCGCCUGCACCGCCCGCCCGCGCACGUGAUAGUAUGUGGCGCUUGCAUAUUGCUGUCUCCCUCGCUCUACGUGGCGCAUAGCGAGACAGCGCUCUACAUAGUGGAGGCGGUGUACGGGCUGCUUAUUAUGAUAAUAUUCUUCAGUGUCGCCGUCAAAAUACUUGAUACUUACCCAGCUAAUUUGAGGUGUACAGCCCACGGUCUUAUCCUGUCUAUCACUUACAUGGCUGGAGCGGCCGUACGAGGGAUGGGAGAAUUUGGACCGUUCGUCAGUUGCGUACUGUGCGCACUCUUCGCACUCACAGCAACCGCGUUCGCCACCCGCAUACGGUAGAGCGAGACGGAGAUAUAGUUAUCAAUCAGACAAGGAUGGUUAUAUAAAUUGUCACAAUUUAAAAGUGAAUAGUGAUAAUAGAACUUUUGCGAAAAUAAGUGAUAAAUGAAUGUAUGAAGUCUUAAAGAAUAACCGCUUUAAUAUGGAAAUUCUAAAUAUUAUGACCGUACUCAUAAAAGUUGUGGUGCUUAGUUCUACAGAUUUGUCUCUUUCUGUCAUCGUUGAUUUGACAAACGAAAGAAGAGGACAGCAUUGUUCAACUAAUCACCUAUUCAACAUUUAUAGGUAAAGUCAAAAAUAAAAAUCCUCGUAAGUGACAUAUUGAUCAAUUAAAUAGCAAUAUUGAUGGCAAUAUGUUUAUAAUUAAAAUAUAUUAUGCGACGAAAGAUAACUACCAUUCCUAUUAAAAAAAAGAUUGGUUACAAUAUUAUUAUAAAUGAAUGAUAAUUAAUUUAAACUUAAAUCGUUAUAACAGUAGGGGUUAUAUUGCAAUAAACAAUAUAUCAAAGGAUAUAAAAAUAAGGACUGUGACACAAAAAAAAGAACAAAAAUAAACUUCCAUAUUUUUAAUUAAUAUUGAAUAAUUAAAAUAGCUCUUCGAAUAAAAUCUUCAUGUUUUGAUAAAAUUCCCACCGAAAUUUACCAUAGUUAUACUAAUUGGUCUAAAAAUACUACAAUUCGAUACUCAUAUUUAAUUUAAAAAAAAAAUAAUAAUUUUAUAAUUUAGUGGUCGAUUCUCGGAUUGUCCAAACAUAUCGGUUUAAACAUAAAAAAAAAAAAUUUAAAAUGGCGGUGACGAAAAAAAUGAACGUUAAAUAAAUUGGCAGCUAAAAUUUAUAGAAAAGAUGUAAAUAUUGUAAUAAAUUAAAAAGUUAUUUAAAUAAAUUUUUGAAAUUGUUCUACUCACUUUGCUUAUAAACGUUGUUUGAUUAAUCUAUAAAUGUGUCUCCUUCUUUCGAAUGUCAAAUCAAUGAUGACAAAAAAGAGAGGCAAACAACGUUUAUAAGUAAUUCUGUAAAUCAUUAAAUUGAAUAUUCCUCCAUUGUGAAAAUAUAACCGUGUUGUGAUUUAAGCUACUAUUCAAAAGAUCCUAUACAAUGAAUAUAAUUUAUAUUUAAUAAUAGUUUAAUAACUAAACUAAUUAAAUAAAUAGUCAUUUUGCUAAUCAAAUUUUGCACUACUCAUGUAUCUAGAUUGUUAAAUUAGUCGCGAUUUAGUCAUUGGUGUAGCCUUUCGGGGGUUCCCCCAGGAUUAAAAUAUUAAAGAUAAAUUAAAAUAUCGUAAUUAUUAUGUAAUUUUUUUAUUUAUUAUAAACGAGUUAAUUAUUUUCUAAUGUCUGGCUGCUACGAGAAUGCCUUCCUAUCGACUCCGUGAUAAAAUGGACCGUCUUCCCCUACAAAGAAGUAAAACGAUAAAUAUUAUUAGUACUGUAAAUGUUAUAAUUUAAUUUUAAACAAAUAAGAAUCUUGCUCUGCACUGUGACAAUGUUAUGUCAACAAUUGACAGAUGUCAGAAACGUAUAAUCUCAGCGGCCGGGCUUUAAAAUAUAAUUACAGAUUAACAAAAAAUACAGGCUAAAUAAAUAUUAAAUCUUAAUUCAAUCUACAUUUUAUCAUUCAAUAUGUCGUUCAUUAGUAGGAAAAAUGUUUAUAUAUUAUUAAAACACUGUCUUGAUGCUGCUAUAAAUUUCUUUGAUUGGCAACACUAAAUUUCUAUUAUUGUUGUAUAUAAAAAGUGUUCUCUGGAUUUAUAUGUAAUUAUUUUUUGAUGUCAGAAAUAUUCAAUUGUAUAUGUUUGACAAUCUACAAAUUGACAUUAAGAUGUGGUGUUGCCAGGACAAAUAAUUAGCAUCAUGGCAAAGAAUAUUUGCAGGAUCGGAUUUAAUAAAAUAAUAUUUUUUUGUAAUAGGCGAGUUUUUUAAGAUUUGCAAUUAUUUAUACGAAUUAACAAUGAGAAUUUGAUAAUGUUUUGAUGAAGUGUUUUGUAAAUGUGUAUUUAUUUGAUAAAACGGUUUUUUUUUUCUCACUUUUUUAUAAUAGGUGCUGCCUUACAAAGCACAUAGCUUCGAUGUAUUUUUUUUAUUUAUCAAAAAAGUUUUUGACGGAUACACAGAUAACAAAAAACAAGUCAUGAUUUGCGUUUUGAAAAAAAAAAUUUAAAUUAAGAUCUCAAAAUCGAAGUCAUUUAAAGUAAAAAUAUAGGAAACAAAAUAAUAUUGUCAUUUCGUAAAGAAAUAAAAUUUCAAAUUUCUUACUAUUUACAUAACAAUUUUGUAUUUAUUAUCUGUACAGUAUUUCUGAACUGAAGAUACAUAAAAAUAAAAUUUAAAAAGCUCUUUCUGGACCAAGUUCACUUGACAUUAAGAAAAGGGUUUCAAACGGUAAUUUAAGUUAUUUUUUUUGAAUUAUUAAAAAUAAAAUAGUUUUUUUAACGUUUAAAAAAUGUAUAUUUGGUUUUGUUGGAGUUUAUUUUAUAUGAAACUCAAAAAUUCUGUGCUGUGUUAGGUACUUGUAUUUGGAGAUGCCCUUUAUCUAUCCUCUGGGUGACGUUUAGUUUCCCACGGUAAAAACCAUAGGUCACAUAGCCACGAUUCGCGGUGGUAAUCGUUAUGUUAUGUAUCGAAACGAAAUGUUUGCGCGUUAUUUGCAACUUUUGCGUGUCGAUAUUGCGUUAUAACGCGGCUCUUUGGUCUUGAUAGUUGAGUCCAUUUGGAAUUCACACUAAGAAUUUUGAAGACUUCAGAUAUUAACCGACAUAAUACAAAUUUUAUUCGGUUAUUUACACUGUAGCUCGCAAAUGAGAUAAUAUUGAAAUUUUUUUUUAUGUUUCGACUAAUAUUGAUUAGGCUUUUUAAUUUUUUUUGUAAACAGUUAUCUAAUACGGUAAGCGACCAACCGGAUGUUGAUGGUACUAAGUGGCCGUCAACAAAACAAUACAGUGAAAUGUAAAGGAACGCAGACGAGACAAAAAUAUUCAUUUUAUUAUAAUAUGUAUAUUAAUCAAAUCUACGUAUGAAUUAAUGUAUAAAUUGUUUACAAAUAAAAAAUAAAUUACAUCACAAUAAGCUUAGUCAAUGUAUAAAAUUAGCAUAGAGAUAAAAUUUGUUAUAAUAUUAUCCUAUUAUAUGUCAGAUUUUGGUGUGGGGUGUUUAAAAUGCGACGACUGCGUCUUGUAAAGAAAACGCCAAAAGCAGUCAAAAAUGUGAUUGAUUUCAAUAAAAAUUGUACAUGAUUCCAUCGAAAAUGUCGGUAAAUUAUAAUCCGGUAACAAAAUAAUAUAAAAAAAUAUUAACUUGAAUAAUACGUUAUAAGUACUCGCCUAACCGAUUAUAAAAUAUAGAAAAAAUAAAUCGAAUAAAGCUUUCAUUUCGGCCAUUUUGAUUUUUUGAAACACUUAUCAGACAGCUCAUAGUUGACUUUGAUUGGUCGAUAGCAGGGGAUGACGUGUAAAGCGACCAAUGAGAUUUUAGUAUUUAACCAGAUUAACUGACGGGCAGUUCGUAUCGAAAAUAAAAAAAUAUUCUUUAUUCAAGAAUACUCAUGAAAGCACUUUAAUAUAUAAUAUAUAUGUUGAUUGGAUUAGGUUGAGAGGAAUUUGUUUCAAAUUUAGUUCAAACAUUGGACCCAAAAAUGUUAGCGGUGUGUUUGUAACAUUAAAAUAUAUAGCAAUAUUAUAAAUACGAAGGUAGACUGUCUGUUCGUCUGUCUGUUAUACUUUCACGGCUAAAUCGAUUUAGAUGAAAUUUGGUAUGAGGCAAGCAUGAAUCCCAAGGAAUGACAUGGACUAAAAUGAAUUAUUUUCGAUCUUCGAUUAGCGAAUUAUGAUUACAAUGGUUUUCGGACAUUUCAGUUUUGUAAUUUUCCACUCGUGUAAAAUAAAAUUAAUGAAGCUAAUAUAAACAAAUAUAUAAACAUUAAAUGUAGCGUAGAUAUUUUCAAGAUGAUUUCUAAGUGAAGUUCAAAGGAAUUUUGGCUUUGUCGUUCGCUCUGCUUUGCACGAUUAGAAGAAAUGCUUGCAUAAAGCGUUUAAAUUGAAGUAUACAAAAGUCAAAGAAAAAAAGUCUUGUUUUAUUUUUGUUAUAGUUCUCGGGCGUACGCGGAAAAAUUCGCUAAAGUUUCAUCACAAUCGGACGUAUUGUUUACGAUCACAUAAAGGACAAACAUACAUUUUUAUUUGCAUAGAUAGAUAUCAAUAUUUACUAUUCUAUGGUGUUUUUUUUAAGUAUUAUUCAGUGGUUAAAAAUUAUCUUGGAAAGGUCAAAUAAGAUUAUUAGCAUGUAGUUAAAGGAAUAAAUGUUCGAUUAUAGAUUUAGUGGGUACCGUUUCUUAAGGCUGAACAUAUCGUGACGUGAGGACGCCUAUGGUUGUAAUUAUUUCGUACGUUGAAUUUAGUUUUACGAAAAAUUUUAACUAUUUCAAAGUUCAAUCAAAAAUGUUACAAGAUAAAAAGCCACUGUCAUGAUUUUUGGUCGUAAAAACUCAUUUAUUCUGUGCUUGAAAGAAUGACACUUUGAACGGAUCAAUUGGAUGAAGUUGGUGUCUCAGGGGGUGCACUCCCCUUAAAGUAUCGAGUUCAUGGAUAGAAACAUAUUCAACUCAAACUCCGAAUAUACUCUCUAUUUUACUUUACUCUGUAUGUUAGUGUGAGUGAAAACAGCGCCGUCUAUUGGCGAUAAUCGGAAUUACAAUAAUUAAAAAAUCCCACUAAUCUUGCGAAACAUUGUAAAAAUAUGCUCGGAGUAAAAUGAAAAAUAAACUUUAUUUCUAAUAUAAUAAAGUCUCAUUUCAAUUAUGAAUCAUUUCAUUACGAAAGCUGAAAUUUUUCGUAAAAUGUUUCGUGUAUGUUUAGAAGUAGAUAAAUUAACGUAGUGAAGCCAUAUCUAUUAUAAUGUUAUAAGUGAUAUUCAUAUAGACUGCUUUUAUUUACUAGAUAUUGAAAAGACAUUAUAUUCAUAUGUUUUCAACUGCCAAUAAAUUUAUCUGGCCCGGUGUGACAGCCGUUGUUUUUCCAAUGUUAUAUUUUUUUGCAUUCAAUGAAGUCAAAUUGCAUGAAUAAUACUUAAUGGGUUUGUUUUUUGAAAUUGGAAAUACUGUUUAAAAAAAAUAAACUCCUCAAUGCUGUUAUAUUUACAAUUUAAGAGAUAAUAAAAAUCAGGCCAUGUGACAUUUGAAAAAAGAAUAAGUUCUACUGCUGUCAACCAGUCCAGAUAAAUCUAUGGCACUGUAGUUAUUUUGCCAUAUAUGUAUAUAUUUUUUUUUAUUUCGAUGGAUGGAUUUUGGCGAAAGUUCGAUUUCAGAACGACAAAAUUUGACAUUUCUCUUAGUCAUUGAAAUAUAACUUGCCAUUCACAAUACUCAGACUCAUUUUCGGCUUAACGCCAUCGUUCACCAUCGUGUUUCUAGAAUAAGUUUCAGAAUUAAAAAAAAAAUCAUAUCCAUAGUUAAUAGAUAUCACAAAUAGGGUUGUCAAUGUAAUUUUAAUAAAUUAUGUAAUCAAAUUUAAAAUGAUUUUAGCUAGAGGAAAUGCGAAGGAUGAAAGAAUUAAAAUCCGCGUCUCUUAACCCUAUCUCUCAUCAGACAAAUUCUUCCUAGUCAAUUUUUUAUUUUUUUUUGGUAUUUGUUAAUUUAAAUUGGUUUAAGUAGAUAAAAAAAUAUUGUUUGUAAUGUCAAUUUACUAUGAUUGUAAUGGAAUCGUGUAGUUAAAUUAAAAAAAACAAUGUAAAACAUAUUUUUAUGUAAUACUUAUUACAAAUGUAAAUUGUACUGCGUUUUCAAAAUGUAAUGUAAAAAAAGACGCGAAAUUACAAUUGGUUUUUUUUUAUGUUUAAAUAUCUAUGUUAAUGAAUAUUUUACUAAAUACAGUUUUGAAACGCAGUUUUUUGUAAAAGUUAUCAACUUAUUAAGUUAGUAGAUAAAAGUAUAUUUACACGCAUUUUAUUUCAACGUUUUUUAUUGAUUAAACGGUAAUGGUAUGGAAAUGAUUUUAUUAAUAUUAUAUGCAUACAUCAUUUAAAAGUUUUGUCGUUUUUUAUUUAUUUAAUAUGCCAUUCAUGUGAAGUCUAUAAACAAACUAUGACGUUUGCGCUAACGAACACUGUAUAUAGAGACGCAUUAUAGCGCUUCAAGCGGGAUGGAUUAUGUAAUGUUUUAUGAAAGUUUUGCUAUAGCAAAUUUCAUAGUGCAGUAUAAAAUACCGUGGUACGCCACAUUUGUGUCGCUGUAUAUCCAUUCUUAUAUAUUACAGAUACCUGCUGACAUCUUGAUUGAGAAAAAUGAAUUUUGUAAAACAAUAUUGGUCAGUUAAAAAAAUGAACGACUGAAUCAACCAAUCGCGUGCUCGAAACGAUAUUAUGCCGUUCGAUUCUACCAAUAGCGUGCGUUUUCUUUCCUCGUUCGUGAACGUUAACGAUAAUUUGACAAUACAUUUACAUUGGUAAUAAAAUCAAAUUAUAUUUUCAAGUAAGCACUUUUGAAACGCCAUUUUAUAUGAUUAUAAAUUACAUGUAAAGUUACCAACCCUUCGGUAUAUGGUGCUUAACAAGCAAUUUAAAAAUAAAGCGCUUAUUUAUACUAAUUGAUCAUUCAUUUAUUUUUUGGAUAAAAUUUUACAUUUUUUUUUAAAUAUAGUGCAAGUCCUUUUAUGAUGAAGACAUAGAUUAUAUAUUCAUUUAUUCAAGAUGUUUACAGAUUACUGUAAUACUGUACUUUACUGUGAAAAUUAACUUCUUUAAUGAUAAAAUCAUGUAAGUCGAUAAUGGGCAAACAAUUUUAAAAAGUAUAAAAAAUAUCAAAAUUUAUUUUACUUCUAAGGUAUGUGUAUAAUUAAUUAUUAUUUAUAUCAUUUAACAUAUCGUUUAGUUUUUAUUUACUUGAAAUAUAUUUAAUUAUUUUUAAAUAAGUUUUGAGGUUAAGUUUAAGGUUGGAACCCUUACAACAUUAACAUCAAAAUUUUAUGAUAAAAAGAAAAAAAAAUAAGGCUUUAACUCACUUGUGCGAUCAAAAGCGAAGCGACUAAUUAUUGCUAAGUCUCAGAUCGUUAGAAUAGCAGUCCCCAUUUUAACUUCGCUUUUAGUCGCAAAGUGUGUUCACACCCUUACGAUAAUUUCAUAUAAUCCGUUAUAAAAAAUACUUAUAUACGUAAUCUAGUUGAACUAUAGCGUUUUAAAAAUUCUUAAUAUUUUCUAUAAAUAUUUCAAAGCUUCAUUUUAUUUUGAGUAAUAAAUGACGAUUUUUUUGGUAUUGAAAAUGUAUCUUAUAUAAUAUAAUUAAGAUUCAAUUUACAAUGAACGUCAAAACAAUAAACUUUAGAAACUA